AUGCCCUCAAGCGGCUCACGGACUCGAUCAAAGCGGCUUCUGGAGAGGCAGCAGAAGCAGCAGCAACAGGACUUGUCACGUGUCAAGCCCACGCCUGGCAAUCUCGAGAAACGCAUCCAAGGUCAGCUCGACCGGCUCAAUACCAAACACAGCGAGCACGACAGUAAGCCCAAGCAGCUUAGCACUCUCCAGCAGCAGUUGGAGCAGCUCCGCAGGGACCUGGCCCUCGCCGGCGCCGCCGCCUACUCGCUCGACUCCUGGCCUAAGAAGACCGACCUGGUCGACGCGUACCGCAUCGAAGGAGAACCGCAGUCGAAGCUCGUCGUGGUCCAGUUCGCAG